CUGGGCACAUGAUCGCUGUUGCUGAAAGGUUAACAUGAUGGUUGUUUAAUCUCGACACUCUUGCUUGAUGUCUCCUCUUAUUCGGGUGAGUCCCGCACUUUGUUGACAGCAACAGUAAAACGACUACUCAUCAGGUUUUACUAACCCGCCCUGACCCAAUGGCAAUGAAGGUUCGCGGUAGGAAACAGCCUGGAAAGAAGACCUUGCGCACUUCAGGGGCAUCAAAUCGAUAUACGUCCAAUCGCAGUUUCCAAGAUGAUCCGGAGUUUGAUGUUGACGAUGAUGAUGACGAUGAUGAUGUUGACGAUGAUGAUGAAGACGAUGAAGACGAUGAGCUUGUUUCGACUGAGUGGACAAAAGAGAGAUGAGAGGAAGCGUCAUGGUAUGCAUAUGUGUGUUGACAGUGG